CAGCGUUUAAAUGUUUAUGUUUUUGCCGGUUAUAAGCGCUAUUCCAAAUAAGUAAGCAAAGUAGGCUAAUAUUAGUUUCAUCUCUGAACGAACACGAGCCCAGCAGUUCCAUUUGUUGUUUCUUUACACCAAAAUUUAGUUCGCUCGAGAACCGAGUGAGUGAUUUUAUGGCAACAGACAAAACACCAAUCCAGGGUGCCUCAGUGCUCCACAAGACUAAGAAGCGACUCUCGAAGAAGCGGGACAAGCCUUCUCCAAAACCGUGGAGAACUGGCUCUAGUUUGCUUCAACGAGGCCUUCGUCGAUUGGCUGGCGCCGAGCAGAGCGUUCAAAAGCGACCACGUCGUGAUCAGGAGAAACAAAUGGAUCCAAAGCGGAGUCCCCUGUGGAUGUUGGGCCUGCUUCUCAUCAUUUGCGCAGGACUUUGCCUGUGCCUGCAGCUUGAUGAAAACUCGCCGACUAUCGGUGGAUUCCUGGAGAGCUACAAGAACCAGUACCAUUCCAUCGUCAACAAUCGGGAGAACUACUGCGAGCGCGCGCAGCGACUAGGCAACAUGGCCAUUCAGGCCAGGCACCACGUAUUCCACCAGGAUCUGGCAUUGGAACAGCUGGAGCAGGCACUGGAAAACACCACCCACCAGAUCAUCGCUUUGGUGGGAUCCUCUGGCGUGGGAAAGAGCCUCACGGCGAGUGUGUUGCGCAAUCACUUUCCCUGGCCGGAGAACGUAAAGACCCUCUCGUGGGACACAGCUCGUCCGUUGCGUCGUGUGCAGAGCAUGCUCCCCAAUCUCGUUCAUUGCGGCCAGAACCUCAUUCUGAUUGACAACAUGACACCCAAGGAUGCACAGGAUGUGCAAGAAAUUCACGAGCUUAUAAGGGCGCGCGAGGAGAUUUCCAAUGGCACACAGCAGCCGCAUAUGAAGCAGUUGACUGUGGUGAUUAUGUUCAGUGUGAACCGCUUGCAGUCCGACGAGGCCUUUAAGGCGGAUAUGAAGAGCCUGAAGCAGCUGCCACACGCCCAUGUGAUUGCCUAUGCCCCUCUAGAACCCAUCCAUCUGCUCGACUGCAUCCGCAGGGAAGCGAGUAUUGAGGGUCUGCAACUGGAUGAUGAGAUCGUGGAGGAAAUUCUCAGAGGAAGCGACCCUAGCUUUUCCGGUUGCAAACCCAUUCGUGCUAAGGUUUUGCUUUACGGAAAGCGAGCCAUAGAAAGCGAUAAUACGGACCAGAAAUUAGAGCCCGGAAAUUCGACAGACUGAUUCAAGACUAGCAACACGCCAAGGUGUUUUAUUUAGAAGUAAUUUAAACUAUGUUUAGUCCAAGCAAAAGACAAUCCUCGAAACAACACGUGAUGAAUUGUAAGAGAAUUUAGAAAAAGAUGUUAGGUUAGGUUUCGCAGAGAUUUUGCAGGGAGUCUGGCACUGUAAUUAUCCUGUUUUUUGCACACUUAGUAAUGUUAAUGUAAAUGUCCAGCUUAAGCUUUAGUUUUCUGUGUAAGUGCAACAAAUAUGAAAUUGUAAAUUAAGCGUUCGAAAGACCGAAAAAAAUAAAGUGCUCAAGACCUGAAGGUUAUAAAUGUAA